AUGGCCCCCAAGAACAACGCCAAGGGUGCCGCUAAGGGCAAAGGCAAAGAUGCCGGUGAGGAGAAGGGUAAAGGCAAGGGUGCCGUGAAGGGCGCGCAGACAAUUCAAGUGCGGCACAUUCUUUGUGAGAAGCAUGCAAAGAAGGAAGAGGCCCUGGAGAAGCUGCGCAAUGGGUCCAAGUUUGACGAGGUUGCGCGCGAGUUCUCGGAGGAUAAGGCUAGGCUAGGAGGUGCGCUUGGCUGGAAGACCCGAGCAGACCUGGAGCCCGCGUUCGAGUCUGUGGCUUUUGAGCUAGAGUCCAGCACGACUGCUAAGCCAAAAUGGGGAGAAGCGAAGACAGGUCAUGGCUAUCAUAUCAUCAUGGUCGAAGGUCGGAAGUAA